AUGAGUGAAAAUAAUGCAAAUGUUACCGAGGUGGAGAUGAACGGUUGGUUGUUUAAAUGGACUAAUUAUUUAAAAGGAUAUCAAAAACGAUGGUUUGUUCUUUCGAAUGGAUUGCUGUCAUACUACAGAAACCAAGCAGAAAUGGAUCAUACCUGUAGGGGGACAGUUUCACUUCACAGUGCCAUAAUACACACGGAAGAUUCUUGUAGUUUUGUCAUAAAUAACGGUGCGACUCGUACCUUCCACAUAAAAGCAGCUAACGAAGUCGAACGUCAAAAAUGGGUUACCGCAUUAGAAUUGGCCAAAUCAAGAGCGAUUCGGUCAAUGGAAACGGAAGAAGAAGAGGAAUACGAGAAGUCGUCGGCUAAUCACAAAGCCCAAUUAAUGGAAGCAAUAAAUACAUUAUCCGCAAAAUUAAAAAAUUUACAAGUUUGCAGCGAAUUAAUUGAAAAACAUGGAACCGCAUUACAAAGAUCCCUUUCGGAAUUGGAAUCAUUGAAUACGGCCCAAGACAUGUCGGUGAAAAUAAAAGCCGUCAACGAGCGAGCCACAUUAUUUAGAAUAACUUCCAAUGCUACGCUACACGCCUGUUCCGAAUAUUUAGAUUUAGCUCAAAGCCAAGGUAAAAAAUGGCAAAAAAUGUUGCAACAUGAAAGAGAUCAAAGACAAAGACUAGAAGAAAUGGUUGAGCAAUUGGCGAGACAACAUUCUAAUUUAGAACAAGCUGCGAAGGAUCAUCGCUUGCCGAGGCAAACGGCUUCCCCUUCGGACGAAGAUGAUGGGAAUGAAUUUUACGAUGCCAAUUGCGAGGGCGACGAAGAUGGUGAAAAAAAUGAUUUCAUAUUGAAAAUUCCAAUCGGUCAUAGAAGGACGUCUUCUGGAAUUAGUCAGGAUUCUCAGGUACUACAACUACAACUACUAUUAUUAUUAUUAUUAUCGAAAUCAAUUAUUCGUGAAUCGAAAAGGAAAAGUUUCUUUAUUAGCGUACUCAAUAUGGCCGAUGAAAAGGUACCCAGGUUCAAAUAUUUGAUUCAUUCAUUGGAAUUAAAUGAAAAAAUUGUUGGAGCGAUCGCUCCUCCGACCACUUCGAGUAAGAAAAGAAGAACCAGAGUACCGGACAAGCCAAAUUAUCCAUUGAAUUUAUGGUCGAUAAUGAAAAAUUGCAUAGGGAAAGAACUUAGUAAAAUACCCAUGCCCGUUAAUUUUUCCGAACCUUUAUCAAUGUUGCAAAGGUUGACGGAAGAUUACGAAUAUGCAUACGUACUAGAUAAGGCUGCGACAUGCAACGAUUGGGAGCAAUUAGCGUACAUAGCAGCUUUCACGGUAUCUAGUUAUGCCAACACGGCUAAUAGAACGGGGAAACCUUUCAAUCCUCUUUUGGGUGAAACUUACGAAUGCGAUAGAACUGACGAUUUGGGAUGGAAAGCCAUAUCGGAACAGGUAUCACAUCAUCCACCCAUGUUGGCACAAUAUUGCGAGGGUAAAUUAUGGAGAUGUUGGCAAGAAUUUACAAUGGCUUCCAAAUUUCGUGGAAAGUACUUACAAGUUAUUCCAUUAGGUACCGCCCACUUAACUUUUACCAACUCGAAAAAUCAUUAUACUUGGAAAAAGGUUACGACGACCGUACAUAAUUUCAUUGUUGGUAAACUAUGGGUAGAUCAACACGGAGACGCGGAUAUAAUAAAUCACACGACUGGUGAUAAAUGCCAUUUGAAAUACUUACCGUAUAGUUACUUUAGUAAAGAUACUCAAAGAAAAGUAAAUGGGUGUGUCAUGGAUAAAAAAGGAAACAUGAAAUGGGUAGUAAACGGCGAAUGGGAUAAUAAAAUUGAAAUAGCACCCGUCAUAUCAGCGAGUAACAAUUGUGCCGUUGUUAAAACAGGACCCUACAUAUUGGCGUGGGAAAGAAAAAUGCCACCUCCCGAUUCGGAAAAGUAUUACAAUUUCACAGAGUUUGCUUGUCAGUUGAACGAACCCGAACCGGGAGUCGCACCGACGGAUUCAAGAUUACGUCCCGAUCAGAGAUUAAUGGAAAAGGGAGACUGGGAUGGAGCAAACGCUCAAAAAGUAAGAUUAGAAGAAAAACAAAGGGAAACGAGGAGGAAGAGAGAAGAAGAAGCCGAAGAAGCUGCGAACAAAGGUGAGUGGAAAGAAAGAAAGAAAAAAAAAAAAAAAAAAUUGAUUGAUUUGAACGGAAUCGGUGAGUUUUCCGAUAUACUUACUCGACCCUUUCGUUUUUUAGGUCAACCUUAUCCCGUUUAUCAACCCCUUUGGUUUAGAAAAGAAGAAGAUCCGAUAACGGGAUCAUUGGCACACGUGUACACGGGAAAAUAUUGGGAAGCGAAAGCGAAAAACGAUUGGUCGAUGUGUCCGAAUAUCUUUUGA